CUGGGCGAGCUGGGCCGGGCGGCGCGUCUGUCGCUGGGCGAGGCGGAGCGGCGGCGGGAGGAGGAGGGCGUCCGCCGGCACCAGGUCAACGUCUACCUCAGCGACCGCAUCUCCCUCCACCGACGACUCCCCGAGCGGAGGAACCCCCGAUGCAGAGAGAAGAAAUACCAUUAUUAUGACCUACCAAAGACUUCUGUUAUAAUAGCUUUUUAUAACGAGGCUUGGUCAACACUUCUGAGAACGGUUCACAGUGUUCUUGAGACAUCUCCCAAUAUCCUCCUAGAAGAAGUCAUUCUGGUGGAUGAUUACAGUGAUAAAGAACACUUAAAGGAGAAAUUGGAAAACUAUGUGGCUAAUUUACGCAAGGUUCGGCUGAUCCGAGCAAAUAAGAGAGAAGGCCUGGUCCGAGCGAGGCUGCUGGGAGCCUCAAUGGCAAAAGGAGAUGUUCUGACUUUCCUCGAUUGCCACUGCGAAUGCCACGAAGAAUGGCUUGAGCCAUUGUUGGAAAGAAUUAAAGAAGAACCAUCAGCAGUUGUCUGCCCUGUGAUCGAUGUGAUCGACUGGAACACAUUUGAGUACUUGGGAAAUGCCGGGGAGCCGCAGAUUGGUGGCUUUGACUGGAGGCUGGUCUUCACUUGGCACGACAUCCCAGAAAGAGAGCAAAAACAGAGAAGGUCCAAGACGGAUGUCAUCAGGUCUCCAACUAUGGCUGGCGGACUGUUUGCUGUCAAUAAGAAUUACUUUAGCUACCUGGGCUCUUAUGACACAGGAAUGGAAGUCUGGGGAGGAGAAAACCUUGAAUUUUCGUUCCGGAUCUGGCAGUGUGGAGGAAGCCUUGAGAUCCAUCCUUGUUCCCACGUAGGCCACGUUUUCCCAAAGCAAGCUCCCUAUUCACGGGCAAAGGCUUUGGCAAACAGUGUUCGUGCUGCAGAAGUGUGGAUGGAUGAAUACAAAGACCUUUAUUACCAUAGAAAUCCACAUGCCCGUAUGGAGCCCUAUGGAGACGUGACAGACAGAAGAGUGCUCCGGCAAAGGCUCAAAUGCAAGGAUUUCAAGUGGUACUUGGAGAAUAUUUACCCAGAACUUCAUGUGCCAGAGGACAGGCCUGGCUUCUUUGGAAUGCUGAAAAACAGAGGGAUGGUAAAUUAUUGCUUUGAUUAUAACCCUCCUAACGAACAUGAAGUAACAGGACACAGAGUCAUCCUGUACCCUUGUCAUGGCAUGGGACAAAACCAGUUUUUUGAGUACACGUCCCACCAUGAAAUCCGUUACAAUACCCGGCAUCCUGAAGCCUGUGCAGCUGUUGAUCCAGGAACAGAUUAUUUGAUAAUGUACCUGUGUGAAAACAAUAUCCAGAACAUUCCUGAAAACCAGAAAUUUGCUCUCCAAGAGGAUGGCAGUUUAAUUCAUAUGCAGACCCAGAAGUGCCUACAAGCUGAAGCCAAUGCUCACAAUGGCAGCCCAGCACCUUUAUUACGACCCUGCACCAAUUCAGAAUAUCAGAAAUGGUUCUUCAAAGAAAGAAGCUGAUGGAGAAAUGACAGGAUAACCCCUGGCAGUCAAACAGGAAAACACACAACUAUUUUUGUAUGUUGAAGAGUUGAA